AUGCGACUUCUGAACGUCGAAACGAGAAGGCUACAAGAGUUCUUCGGCGAGGUGCCAAGAUAUGUAAUCCUAUCACACACCUGGGGUAACGACGAGGUCACCUUCCAAGACCUUGACCGUCCUGACCACACCAAGAAACGAGGCUACACCAAAAUCGACGGUAUCUGCUGCCUAGCGGCCCGAAAUGGCUUUAAAUGGGUGUGGGUUGAUACUUGCUGCAUCGACAAGACGAGCAGUGCAGAACUCUCCGAGGCUAUCAACUCCAUGUACAAGUGGUACAAAGAUUCAUCUACCUGCUGUGCCUAUCUCGAAGACGUUCAGCAAGGCGAUGAUCCGAGCAGCUUCGACAGGCAAUUGUGCAACAGUCGGUGGUUCACUAGAGGCUGGACGUUGCAGGAGCUUCUCGCCCCCGAAACAGUCGAGUUCUUUGAUGCUGCAAAUGAAGAAUCCCCCGCUAUCCGCUCCGCAAAGAUCGCCAUGCGGAUGUCGUGGGCUGCUCGGCGGCAGACAACGAGAGUAGAGGAUAUAGCAUACUCUCUUCUUGGAAUAUUUGAUGUUAACAUGCCACUGCUCUAUGGCGAGGGGGAAAAGGCUUUCGAGAGGCUACAGAUCGAGAUUAUGAAGCAGUCUUCCGACGAUUCAAUACUCGCAUGGGCAAGGAAGGGCGAGACGGGAAUAAUUCUCGAAAGGGAACGUAUCGAGCGCAUGGAAAGAAAUGAUAUGAAGCAGUCUACCGACAAUUCGACACUCGUAUUAACAAGCGAGGGCGAGGGGAAAGGGGCUUUGGAGAGUCCGCAGACCGAGAUAAUGGGGCAGCCUUCAGACGAUUCGAUACCAUCAUGGACAUGGAAGUACGAGGGCAAGCCAGAGUCGGUCAAAAACCUUGACAGUAUAUUUGGCAUCCUUUGGGACAAAGGGUUGUUGGCCCAGUGCCCCGAUGACUUUGCCUGGUGGACCUCAACCCAGCCUAUGGAUUUCUAUGAAAAAAGCAACUUUGGCACUGAUAUGACAACCCGCGGUCUGCAUGUCACUCUUCCUGUCCUCAAAGGCCGGGGUGAAUGCUCCUACGUUGUGCUCAACUGCAUGUUGGACAACAGCCUCGACCAGAUUCUUGCGCGUCUGCCUGAUGUACCAUCUCUUUGGAACGACUGGAGGUCGACAGUCAUCCGAAUCCAAGGCCCAGACGAUUGGGCCACACGCCUAAAAAUCCCGAUGGAUGACGAACAAGACGACAGCAGUAAUGGGGAUGGAUUCGUCCUUGUCUUGGAAAAGAGGACUCCGCUCAGAGCCAUCUUCUCUCUCGAGCUAGAACCUCCACCGUUUGUCUGCUAUACCAUACCCAUGCGGAAGAAAGAGGAACUGGAGCACCUUGUACCAGACAACCUGGAUGAACGAACUGUCUGGAACCUGCUACACAAUGAAAGUCGCAACUUGUCAGAACUCAGGAACGGUUUCUCACUGAAAGCUGGCGCCCCUCAGGCUAAGAUUGAACGAGAAAAGUUCCUCGACCGUGAGCGAUUCCUUGUCAAGAUUUCUUACACCCAGUCGCUGGCCCAACAUGCUAGAUCUGUUGCCGUGUCUAUCACGCAUCUGUACCUAGGAAUUGCGUCACCAGUGGUUCACGCGUUGCGCUUCUAUAUCACGAACGAUGUUUUCCUCAUUUGA